AUGCCCAAUUUAAGUGAAGAAAAGAAACAAAAAGUUGUAAAAGAAGUGAAGAGUUUGGCAAAAAUGGAGUCAGAAUUUGUGGUCAAAUAUUACAACUCAUGGCUUGAGUCCAAUCAUCUCUACAUUCAAAUGCAAUUCUGUUUACAAAAUCUUCGAUCACUUCUCAAAGACAAACCAAUUGUCUUUCAAAGACAACCGGAAGACCAGAUGAAUGCCAUCGAGUAUUUCAUUUCAUGUGAAAUAUUCAAAGAGCUCUUAGAGUGCGUCCAAUAUCUACACGAAUCCAAUCCACCGGUCAUUCAUAGAGAUCUCAAACCGGAAAAUGUAUUAAUUGAUCACAACUUCAGUUUUAAUCGUUGUGUAAAACUGUGUGGCUUUGGUUUAGCCACUGAUCACAACAUUGAUAGGCAAACUGCGAGCCGAUACGGCCAUACGUUAGGUGUGGGCACUAAGACAUAUAUGUCGCCCGAAGUAUACCAUUAUAAGCAAUAUAAUCACAAAACAGACAUUUAUAGUCUCGCACUUAUUGCCGAAGAGAUCUAUAGUAUUGAUCCACAAAUUUCGCAUUCGUCUCAAGCAAUUGAAACCGAGUUUAAUAAAUAUUAUGAUAAUCUAUACCAGACUUUGCAGUCAAUGCAGUCGAGUCCUGACCAUAAGCUAAGGCCUGAGUGUCGGGAAGUGUUGGCCAAACAUAACGAGUGGUCUAUCGAUAAGACUAAAUAA